CAUAAUGGAUGGUGUACCAGUGAAAAUAAGUGAACUGUGUCGUCCUCCGACAAAGGUUCAUCUACCAGCUCCUCUCCGCGCUCUGCCACCAUCAGAGCUGCCUGCCCAACCAAUAACAUUCGAGCUGGAGACCAAGGCUCUGCAUUGGGUGCAGGAGCGCAGGCGCAACCUGUUGUCGGAGCGUACGGGUCGGACGGAGCGGCUGCACCUGAAGGAGCAGGCCCAGAAGCGUCGGCGGGAGGAGCAGGCCCGGCGACUGGCCGAGGAGCAGGAGCAGCGGCGGCGCCAGGAGGAGGAGCAGCUGCGCCGCGAGGAGCAGGAGCGGCUGGAGGAGUUUCGCCGCAAAAAGCAGCAGGCCAACACAGCCGAGUCCACGGAGGCGACAGCGUCCGGGAGCGACACAUCUCCGGCCGUCCCUGCUACCGCGCCUGUCAAUGCUAUAACAGCCAACUCCACUGCCAAUGCCACCACCACCACCAAUGCCAACGCCACCGCCACCGCACCUGCGGCGGCCCCCUCGCCACCCCCAGUCGCGGCGGAUGCUCCCGCCACUGCCACAAACCACGUAACUUCGACGGACCCCGAGAACGCCGCCGAUCCCGCUCCAGCUCUUGCGAACGCCGCCGUCGAUCCGAGCCACUCCCACCACAGCCGAGCGCCAGGCCUGGACGCGAGUAGCUCGGCCGCCGCUGCCGUCGGCCGUCCGGCCGCUGCGGCGCCCGCGACAGACGCACGUCCCUCGCCCACCGUUGUCUCCUCCAACCCUUUCAACCCGUUCGCGGGCGCGGCGGCGGCCAUGUUGCAGCCGCAGACCUGGCGACACCAGCAGGCCGCCGGCGCGUCAGCCCAGCGUCCGGCCUCCUUCAACUACCGAGACUUCGAGAGCCAGGCGAGCGACCCGUUCGACAGUGCCGAGCUGAAGACCAUCAACGAUAUGGAGGAGCUAGCCAGCGUGUUCCGGCCGCCGGCAGCCGCGGCGACCUCCCAGCCCCGGCUUGAGUACCCGGGCCAGCAGUCGCAGCAGACGCGGCCGGCGGCCGGCACCCACAGCCAUCAGUACCACGCGCCGGCCGCGGCAGCCGCCAGCGCCGGCGGUUACAGCUUCUCCGGCGCCUACUCGCCGUACCCGAGCGCGGCCUACAGUCGACCGGCGUACAGCGGCGCUCCGGCCAAGCCGGCGGUGGUCGAGUCGCCCCCGUACCGGUACCCGGGCGGCGGGUACGUACCCCCGGCGGCGCGGCCCAACUCACUGGCGGCCGAGGCGCCGGUGCCCGCGCCGCCACAGCCCGAUGCGCGCCAGCUGCAGGAGUUUUACGCGCGCUACUACGGGCCGCCGGCCGGCGCCGGAGCUCGACUCCGCAGCAGUAGGAGCGAACCGGACCUGAGCGAACCGACGGCAGCGGCGGCCGACGCCGGUCCGGACUCGGACGGCGGAGCGGCGCGGCGCACCAAGUCGCACACACCGCCGCCGGCCCCGAGCUCCGGCGGCGCGCCACCGACGCAGGAGUGGCCCUGGCAGCGGCCGGAGCGGCCCGCCGAGACGGCCCCUGACCCGCUGCACGGCCUGGAGCCGGCGGUGCGCGCCCGGCUCCAGGAGCUGGCGCAGAUGGGAUUCCCGCUCGACCGACUCCGGAGGCUGCACACCCAGUUUGACGGAGACGAAAAACAGGUGAUCGAAUUCUGUCUGUCGGCUCAGCGUCUGGAGGAGGCGGGCCACGCGCCGCUGGCGGCCGAGCGCGGCCUGCUCGAGUGUGACGGCGACCUGGGCCGGGCGGCCGACUUCCUCAGCUCGCUCACUCAACUCACCGGUCUGGGCUUCCCUGAGCAGCGGGCCGCUGACGCGCUGCGCCGCUGCGAUAUGAACCGGGACCGGGCAUUGGACAUGCUCGUGCAGCGCUGACCGUGCGGGGCUGUCGCUGUCCCGGUGUGCUCCGUCGUCCGCCGUGUGACAGCGGCAGCCGCCGACAGGGAGCGCAGAGGACACGGUGCCUGCGACCGGGCUCCGUCGGCUGGUCCAGGGACCAAGCACCGACCGCUGGCUGAGAAUAAGGGCUGUAUAGCCACCGCCAUCUGCAGCGCGGCGUGAGAAGCCUGCAGGUGGCUCGGCUGAGCGCUGAGCUCUCAGUGAUCGCCGACAGAGGGCUUUCCAGCGGAGCUAGGUAAGCUGGGCCGUUUAGAGCGUCCGCCUACGGCCGUGGGCUUCAGCUAGCUGCGGUGUACGAAGAGCUUCAGCUGUCUCCGGGCGUACGGGAAGUAUUCUUGGUGCGGGAACCAUGUGCACUGUGAGUCGUGACACCGUCAUCUUAUCGUGAGUCGUGAGUCGGUCGCGAGUGGUGGCUGUGAUGUCCGUAAUUGUCAGAUCUGUAGCGUCGUCACUCGUCGGCGCGCCACGUCUGGCCCGCUCUGUCCUGCUCUAGGCUAGCGGGGGACGAGCGGCACACCGCCUGUCCACCCCCGCUGCUCGGUCAAUUCCACCCACAUUCCAAGCAAUUUUGGUUCAGAAAAGCUGCUCAUUUUUGCUUUGAACCAUGUUUAGCAAAAACAUCCCCUCAUU